GCGGGGACUCGGGAGGGGCCGCAGCGCGGCUGCUGGUGCCGUUGCGGGAGAAGAGGAAGCGGCGCGUCCCCUGAGGCGUGCGCCUGGACGGACUGACGAACUGACCGACUGACCGACGCGCGCGGAGGGAGAGGGCCAGGGGCGAGAAAUCUGCUCGCGCUGGGGGACCGCUUCAGGGCUGCCGAACGCCAACUUGCUUCGUGUGCCCUAGGCAGGCGUGGGGCAGGUGGCGCCUCCGUGACCUACCACCAUGGAUGGAAACGGACUUUUUGGUGAAGAAACCCAAACGGUUGAUGCCAGGCAGGGUGAUUUGGCCGUCAAAGGUUUUGAGGAAACCUGCCCUGUUCUCUCUGGGGAAGCCGAAUGAGGGAGAUCACAGACACCUUCACUGGGAAGCGAAGGACAUUUCUGUAUAAUCAGUGGAUGAAAGGAUUUUCUCAGACUCUUUUUUCCCUGCUCCUGGAGGAUUAAUCCACUACAGUCUGCAAUUUCAGUGGAAACUGCAAGGCACACGAUGUGGCAGGAGCCGGGAGCGCCUUCGGAAUUGUUGUGGACCCUUCCUGUAGCAUAGGGGAGUUUUCACACUUGCCUCCACUCCUCCCCUUCCCCCCCAACUCCCUCCUUCUGAUCUCUUCUUUUUUAUCUGUUCCCAUUUUCCGAGUUAAGUUCUAUUUCCAAAACUGUUCUCUGGAGCUAUAAGUGGAUUGCCAGAAAUGAGAGAUUAGGAGCUGGGAGAAGAGGAAGCGCCUUGUGUUGUGUCUCCUGGAGGCUGCCGACAUGAAGUGCUUUUUCCCGGUGCUGAGCUGUCUGGCUGUGCUGGGUGUGGUGUCAGCACAGCGGCAGGUCACCGUUCAGGAAGGACCCUUGUACCGCACAGAGGGCUCCCACAUCACUAUCUGGUGCAAUGUGAGUGGCUACCAGGGACCUUCUGAGCAGAAUUUCCAGUGGUCCAUUUACCUCCCUUCGUCGCCAGAGCGAGAGGUGCAGAUCGUCAGCACCAUGGACUCUUCCUUCCCCUAUGCCAUCUACACCCAGCGCGUCCGUGGAGGGAAGAUCUUCAUAGAAAGAGUCGAGGGGAACUCAACCCUAUUGCACAUCACAGAUCUUCAGGCCCGGGAUGCCGGGGAGUAUGAAUGCCACACACCCAGCACCGAUAAGCAAUACUUUGGGAGUUACAGUGCAAAGAUGAACCUAGUGGUGAUCCCAGACUCCCUGCAGACCACUGCCAUGCCCCAGACUCUGCACAGAGUGGAGCAGGACCCGCUGGAGCUCACUUGUGAGGUGGCCUCGGAGACCGUUCAGCACAGCCACCUGUCUGUGGCCUGGCUCCGGCAGAAAGUUGGCGAGAAGCCCGUGGAGGUCAUCUCCCUGAGCCGAGAUUUCAUGCUUCACUCCGGCAGCGAAUAUGCCCAGAGGCAGAGCCUGGGGGAGGUGCGGCUGGACAAGCUGGGGAGGACCACCUUCCGCCUCACCAUCUUCCACCUGCAGCCUUCUGACCAGGGCGAGUUCUACUGCGAGGCCGCCGAGUGGAUCCAGGAUCCAGAUGGGUCGUGGUAUGCUAUGACCCGAAAGCGUUCCGAGGGAGCCGUGGUCAACGUCCAGCCAACUGACAAAGAAUUCACUGUUCGGCUGGAAACAGAGAAGCGGCUGCACACGGUGGGCGAGCCGGUGGAGUUCAGAUGCAUCCUGGAGGCUCAGAAUGUUCCCGACCGUUACUUUGCUGUCUCCUGGGCCUUCAACAGCUCGCUCAUCGCCACCAUGGGCCCUAAUGCUGUGCCUGUCCUCAACAGCGAAUUUGCUCACCGGGAAGCCAGGGGACAGCUUAAGGUGGCCAAAGAGAGCGACAGUGUCUUUGUGCUGAAGAUCUACCACCUCCGCCAGGAAGACAGCGGGAAAUACAACUGCCGGGUGACUGAGCGAGAGAAAACCGUGACUGGGGAAUUCAUUGAUAAGGAGAGCAAGCGUCCCAAGAACAUCCCCAUCAUAGUCCUCCCCCUCAAAAGCAGCAUCUCCGUGGAGGUGGCCAGCAAUGCCAGCGUCAUCCUUGAGGGCGAGGACCUGCGCUUCUCCUGCAGCGUCCGCACGGCAGGCAGGCCGCAGGGUCGCUUCUCUGUCAUCUGGCAGCUUGUGGACAGGCAGAACCGCCGCAGCAAUAUCAUGUGGCUAGACCGGGAUGGCACCGUGCAGCCAGGCUCGUCCUACUGGGAGCGCAGCAGCUUUGGGGGCAUCCAGAUGGAGCAGGUGCAGCCCAACUCGUUCAGCCUGGGCAUCUUCAACAGCAGGAAGGAGGACGAGGGCCAGUAUGAAUGCCAUGUGACUGAAUGGGUGCGGGCGGUGGAUGGCGAGUGGCAGAUUGUUGGGGAGCGCCGGGCCAGCACUCCCAUCUCCAUCACAGCUCUUGAAAUGGGCUUCGCAGUCACAGCCAUCUCCCGGACACCGGGGGUGACCUACAGCGACUCCUUUGACUUGCAGUGUAUCAUCAAACCCCACUACCCUGCCCGGGUCCCCGUGUCAGUGACAUGGCGGUUCCAGCCGGUGGGCACGGUGGAGUUCCAUGACUUGGUGACCUUUACCCGGGACGGAGGGGUCCAGUGGGGGGACAGGUCCUCCAGCUUCCGAACCCGAACUGCCAUUGAGAAGGCUGAGUCCAGCAACAACGUCCGCCUAAGCAUCAGCCGAGCCAGUGACACGGAAGCAGGCAAGUACCAGUGUGUGGCGGAGCUGUGGCGGAAGAACCACAACAACACCUGGACACGACUGGCGGAGAGGACCUCCAACCUGCUGGAGAUCAGGGUGCUGCAGCCAGUGACAAAGCUGCAGGUGAGCAAAUCAAAGAGGACCCUCACCCUGGUGGAAAACAAGCCCAUUCAGUUGAACUGCUCAGUCAAGUCUCAGACCAGCCAGAACUCCCACUUUGCAGUGCUCUGGUAUGUCCACAAGCCCUCGGAUGCCGAUGGCAAGCUCAUCCUGAAGACCACCCACAACUCCGCCUUCGAAUACGGUACUUACGCCGAGGAGGAGGGCCUGAGAGCCAGACUCCAGUUUGAGAGGCAUGUGUCGGGGGGCCUGUUCAGCCUCACUGUCCAGAGAGCCGAGGUCAGCGACAGCGGCAGCUACUACUGCCACGUGGAGGAGUGGCUGCUGAGCCCCAACUACGCCUGGUACAAGCUGGCAGAGGAGGUUUCUGGGCGCACAGAAGUCACUGUGAAACAGCCAGACAGCCGCCUGAGGCUCAGCCAAGCCCAGGGGAACCUGUCGGUUCUGGAGACCCGGCAGGUACAGCUGGAGUGUGUGGUUCUAAACCGCACCAGCAUAACCUCCCAGCUCAUGGUGGAAUGGUUUGUAUGGAAGCCCAACCACCCUGAGCGGGAGACUGUGGCCCGCUUGAGUCGCGACGCCACCUUCCACUAUGGAGAGCAGGCAGCCAAGAACAAUCUGAAGGGGCGGCUGCAUUUGGAGAGUCCUUCCCCCGGCGUGUACCGGCUCUUCAUACAGAAUGUGGCUGUGCAGGACAGCGGGACCUACAGCUGCCACGUGGAGGAGUGGCUGCCCAGCCCCAGUGGCAUGUGGUAUAAGCGGGCAGAGGGCACCGCUGGGCAGACAGCUCUGACAGUCAUGCGACCAGAUGCUUCCCUGCAGGUGGACACAGUGGUCCCCAAUGCCACGGUCUCUGAGAAGGCAGCUUUCCAGCUGGACUGUAGCAUUGUAUCCCGCUCCAGCCAGGACUCCCGCUUCGCUGUGGCCUGGUAUUCCCUGAGGACUAAAGCUGGGGGGAAAAGGAGCAGCCCUGGCCUGGAAGGACAGGAAGAGGAAAGGGAGGAGGAGGAGGAGGAGGAGGAGGAGGAUGAGGAGGAGGACGACGACGACCCAACAGAGCGGACUGCCCUGCUGAGCGUGGGCCCAGAUGCUGUCUUUGGCCCAGAGGGCAGUCCUUGGGAGGGCAGGCUUCGCUUCCAGAGGCUCUCCCCGGUGCUCUACCGGCUCACAGUGCUGCAGGCAAGCCCCCGAGAUACAGGCAAUUACUCCUGCCAUGUGGAGGAGUGGCUGCCCAGCCCUCAGAAGGAAUGGUACCGGCUGACGGAGGAGGAGUCGGCCCCCAUCGGCAUCCGUGUUCUAGAUACAAGUCCCACCCUCCAGUCCAUCAUCUGCUCCAACGAUGCACUCUUCUACUUCGUCUUCUUCUACCCUUUCCCCAUCUUUGGCAUUCUUAUCAUCACCAUCCUGCUGGUGCGUUUCAAGAGCCGGAACUCCAGCAAGAACUCUGAUGGGAAGAACGGGGUGCCUCUGCUGUGGAUCAAAGAGCCACACCUCAACUACUCCCCUACUUGCCUGGAGCCCCCUGUUCUCAGUAUCCAUCCAGGGGCCAUAGACUAAGCGGGUGAUGCCCCAGCGGAUGUUGGCCACGGAGGAGCUGAGGCUCUCCCUUUCUCUGUGAUUGGACAGUUGACAGCACCCAAACUCUGGGGUGCGUGUGUGGAAAGUUGUCAGACUUGAAAAGUGUUCCAAGUUCCCAGUCAGUCACAGAGACAGACUGCCUCUCGGUGGCAGUCUUGGUUGGUUAGCUAUUUGCGCGCAAAUGUUGUGAUCCUGCCGUUAUAGGUUUCUUGUUUCUGUUUUUAGUAACGUAGUGAGUAGCUCCAGGUGCCACAUCUACUCACGGAUUUAUCUAGUAUUCUCAGAUAGAUGUUACAGGGCUUCUUAUUCUUUGUAAUGUACUCUUUUUAAAUCCCUUUGGUUUACCCUUUUUGGAUUCCUUAAUGUGGACGAAUUUCUCUUACGUACAACUGACAGCAAAAGGAAGGACGAACUUUCUAGUGACAAGGAAUCUCUUCCAAGACUUUUUGUUUUUGCACAUUUGAAAAUGCCACCCAUGGAUCAAAAUAUACUCAAACAUUUUUUACUUUCUUAACAAGACUUAAGAAUUGUGUGUAGUGUGGGCAAAAUUUGUAUGUUGUCUUUUCCCUCAGCUGGAGUUAUUGGAACCACUUUGUAGUCAAGACGAAAGCACUGAAUUUUGCUUCAAAGAACUGUGUAUGUACAAGAGAAAUCCUGCAUAACCCCGUUAGGAGUAGAUGGUGCCCCGCCUCUCUGUCAGGAAGGCAAAAAAGCCUCCAUCCCAUCCUUGCCAAAAAAUAACAAAACUGUCUUGGAGAAUGGGUCAGAAGUCCCAAACGGCACACACUUUCCAAAUUAAAGUGGGCAGGGGCUGCUUUCAGCAGCUGCUGACCUGCAGAUUUGUCAAAGCCAGUGACUAGAGAAGGAAGGGAGAAAGGCUGGCUGUUGGCUUGCUCUGAGCUGCAAGGAUGGUCUGUAACUGAUAACUGUGAGCAGGUGGGCCUUUGUCUUCAGGUGCUUUGCCAAACUCUUAAAGGAAAGUGUCCAGUGAACUUGGAAGGGGGUCCCUGAGCUGUACACAGGGCCGAAGCAGCCAUGACAGACACCUGACGGAGGGCACGGGGCUGGCCGACACUGAGUUUGGUGGGACAGUGAGGGGUGGGAGCGGGGCUUCUAGGGCCUGGUGUUGGAGAGUGCAGAGAAAUAUCUACCUCCCUGGAGGUGUGAAGACUGGAUUUUUCUUCUUCCUUCCAAUUAGAUUUUCCUUAAUGAUAGUGAUGUCUUCCUUAUUCAUUCUUCUCUCCCUGCCUCUCACUGCCAUAAGAAUAUCAGCCUAGGGGCAGUCCAGACGCAGCCCUUUGUCAUCCUUUCUGUUUGCCUAGUCUCAGCAGACUGUGAUCACAAGGCAUUGUCUGUGGGGUUUUUCCCUUCCCUUUCUUGAUCUCUCUUGUGGUUCUAGGUUGUUUGGUUGUUCACUGUUAUGGUGGCUUUUUAUUUUAACGCCCCUUGAGCCCCAUGAUGGCUGGUGUCACCCUGUUCUUUUACACUGUUGGGCCAGAUGCUUGUCCCUCUGAAGGGCAUCAUCAGUUGCAGAUAUUUCCUUUUGCUCACUUGAUGAAGAUGUUCUUAUACCCUUGCUUUCCCAUAUUUUUCUGGCCAAGCGUGCCAUCUCCCUUACUCUGGGAACUUGCAUCCUGAAUCCCAAGAGGGGGUCACAAUUUGGAAAAAGACAUCAGGGAUUCUGGAACUAAGUCUGAUAAGAGAUUCCAGUGAAGCCCUGUUCUGAGAAUGAGCAGACUGCAGGGGAGGCCAUGGGAUUCCCCAGGCCAAUGUCUGUGCCGAUCCUUCAAGGGUCUGCAGGUGUGCAGGUGGCCCGGGCUGCUCGGCAGAUACUUUGCUGAUUCCCAGCUGAGGGGAGCACAGCGGCGAUUGCUCAGCCAUUUUCUGACAGACACACAGACCUGCCUUUUCUCCCCCAAAUAUACCAGUACCCUCCUGUGAGACAGUGUGCAGGCACCACCACCUUAAUCCUGCUGUUGCCUGACGUGCUGAUUCUCAUUUAUUAUGCUGCAUCAACACAUUAGAGGUACAGGAACGGCUCAGUCAUGAAGAAAGAAGGUCUUUUGCCCCAUUUCUUUAUUUCAGGGAUGUGGGCUUUCAGUGGGAAUUUGCUGACUCCUACUUUAUAGGCUGAGUCAAUGAGGGAAGAUGACUGGCAUUUCCUCUGUCUAAAUGGGAGGAUGCCAGAGGGCUGGCUGGGACUAGGAUGUGUAACUAAGAUUUCAGUUCGAAUCUGUUCACAGCGAUAGAGAAGUAGGUGCUGCAUGCAAUUAAAUAUGUAAAGCAAUUGCAGGAAAUUUGAAAGGAAAAAAAGAAACCGAAGCCAGUAUUUUAAUAAUUGCUUUUUCUGUGUAUUUUGUAUUGGGCUGGGGGAUAGCAUCAAAGGUUGAACUUUUCGAGCUUUCUAUGAAAAACCCCAGGACCUUCUUCCUUUGGCCAUUUCUAUGGAAAUGCGAUGUCAGAUGGAUGGUAAUGGUGCCCUCCAGUGGCUGUGAGACCUCAUUGCGCAUUGUCUACUGGAGCUUUAGUCUUCUGAGACGGAGGAAAACUGCUGAAUACUCUGGAUUCAUCUAUGUCUACAAUGUUGCAUUUAUGAAAAACUACACUGUGCUAGGCGCAUUCUAGGACAUGAAUAUGACCACACCCUCUUUCACCGGGUGUUUCUGUAGCAAGUUUUCAUAUUCUUUUCAAACAAUGGUUUCUCUGCGUUAAUUAUUGAAGAAAAAAAAAGAUGGGGUAAGAAGACUACCCAUGCAUGAUGUAGAGAGCUGUUGAUUUCUGUUUUUUAAAGGAAAACUAUUUGUAAGAUGUUGCACUAAAACAUUUUAUAUACACUUCAGAGACCUGUAGUAAAUUAUGUUGAAAAUA